UGUUGCCCUGGAUACCGGACUAAUGGAACAAUGUGUAAACCUUGUCUACCAGGAUCCUAUGGCAUCAACUGCGCCUUCCCUUGUUCAUCGUUAUGUUUGAAGUCCGAGUAUGGUUCCUGCCGCCCUGCAGACGGUCGAUGUACAUGCCUAUCGGGAUACUUUGGAGUCAUGUGCAAAGAGGAGUGUCCCUCUGACCGGUAUGGUCCCGACUGCCAGCACCGAUGUAGCUGUUCAGACACGGCGGCGUCGUGUGACAAGGAAACGGGGCUGUGUCGAUGCGAUCCCGGACAAAGGAACGAGCAGUGUCUAAUGGCGAUGAGUUCAAGAUCCGAUGGCUACACAAGAUCAUCACAUCCUUUGACAUUGCUGUUGUUCUCGUUGUUCCACUUCUUUACGUACAGCUAA